ACGCCUGCGAAGGAGUUGCCGGAGUUGGCCAAGCAAAGGCAGUGCACGGUUGCAGUUUGUGUGCCGCCGCUCACCGGAUACUUAGAAAUUCGCAACCAUGAAGAUGCUUCCAAGCGAUGGGGAAUCGGAUGAGGGGCAGGAAAUGGCAAGCGGCCACACUUCCGACCUUGAAUCCCUUUCGAGCCGGGAGACAUCGGAUGAAUCGACAAGACCUGAAUAUUCCAAUACGGCAUACGAGGGAUCCCGGUCCCCGUCCAGUGCGUCCGAAUACAGCGACUAUUCGAUGGAAAGUUACUAUUCUCAAUGCGCACUGAACUAUAUGAAAGCAUCCAGUAAGCCCGGAGAAAGGAAGCGAAUUCCAUUGGGCCCUGAGUAUCAGGCCGACAUUCCGGAGUUUAUACCGCCCAGCGAGCGCUUGCCGGCACCACGGCAGGACGCUGAGUCGGACAACUUUUGGGUCCCGGUGGAGGAUAUACCGGAAGAGUUGUUGCAACAUUACUUAAACUAUGCCAAGGAAAAUCAUGGCUACAGCGAGGAGCAUGCGCUGGGGAUGCUGCACUAUCACAACAAUGAUCUGGAGCGGGCAUGCCAGGAUAUGGCCAAUUUUGUGCCCUUUCCGGACGAAUGGACCGACGAAGAACGAUCACUGUUUAUGAAAGCGUAUUACUUGUAUGGCACGGACUUUCACUACUACAAAUGGAUACUUCCUUGGAUACCUAUUCGUAGCCUGGUGAAGUACUAUUACGUAUCAUUCAAAUAUAAUGACCAUGCAGAAAUCGUGUCACUAGCUCAAGCAAUCAACCAUGCUCAAUCAGUCAACAAUCAAGCUCAACGGAACAACAAUCAAGCAGCAGCAAGCAACAAUCAAGCACGGGAAGGAGACAACGGUUCGGGAGGGAUCGCCACUAUCAACCCAGGAUUAGACCUGUCGGACAGGCCUUCAACGAGCCGUGCGGAAAUGAACGGUGGAGGAAUGGCACCAGGUCCCACGAUCGACUACAGCGCUCACUGUCAUGAGGACAGCGAUAACGACUAGAAGGCAUCGGCUGUGCGAGUUGACGUCGUUCGCUGUCGUUCAUCUCGAAAUGCUAUUAGACUAGCAACGACAAUAUCGAUUUAAUUCAUUCGUCCUCUAACAUUCUUUUCAAAAUCGUGCCACAUGUGUGCUGUACACGACGCACGGACUUUAUAAUUCACAGUUUCUAUUAUGGUUUAAGAUUUUAUUACUGUUUGCCCAUCUUUUGCAUAAAGAGCUGAUACAUUGACGCAAGCGAAUCGUUCAAGGAAACGUUAACACUGAAUUAGGGCUAGAUACUCUCCUUAACUGUGUGCAUCAAAUCUGUCUUCUUUUCUCCCUUUUAACUAA